AAAAUAAUGCAUUUCAAUAAUGGCAAUUUACAUUAAAUGUAUUUUAUUUCUGUUUUUACACAUAUUGGUUUUACAAAAUGAAGCUAAGGAGAACGAUUUAGUGGUGACUAUAAAAAAUGGAAAAGUUAUGGGCGGUAAAUACACGACGGUGGAUAAUAAAAAAACUUAUUAUUCUUUUAGAGGUAUUCCUUAUGCAGAACCACCUCUAGGGGAUUUGAGAUUUAGUCCACCCGUACCUAGAAAGAACUGGACCGGAAUCCUAAACGCAACUGUCGACAGAAGUAUUUGCGUUCAAAAAAAAAUCGAAGGAUCCGAGGACUGUUUGUUUAUUAGCGUCUACACUACAAAUUUACGGGGUUCGAAGCCCAUACCCGUAAUGGUCUGGGUAUAUGGAGGGUUUUUCCAACAGGGCAGUUCUAGAUAUACAGACUACGGACCGGACUAUUUUCUAGAUCAGGACGUGGUGGUCGUUAGUUUUAACUACAGAGUGGGAGUUUUUGGUUUUCUAAGCACUCAAGAUGGAGCCGCGUCUGGAAAUUGGGGGUUAAAGGACCAAAUUCUAGCACUGCACUGGGUUCAAGAUAAUGUCGGAUACUUUGGUGGAGAUCCAGAAAGAGUGACGAUUUUUGGGGAGAGUGCUGGAAGUGCUUCUGUUUCCUAUCUUUUACAGACUCAGUUAACUAAAGGUCUGUUCCGUGGAGCUAUAAUGGAAAGUGGCACCAGUCUCGACUUGUGGGCAUUGUCACGGAAACCUAGAACCACUGCCUUUCAGUUAGGGCUACUUCUCGGUAUACUAACUACCAACUCGUCCGUCUUGGUGAAAGAAUUGAGGGGAUACGACUUCAGAUCACUGUACCUCGCAUCAACUGUUGUAGAAAUAGGUGACCUGGUGCUAACGAAUCCCAGGAACGGUUUAAUAUUUGCACCCGCUGAAGAACCAGACUUAAAAAAUUCUGUGGUCGUAAAGAAAAGUCAUGAAAAACUGAAAAAAGGACAGUUCAAUAGGGUGCCUAUGAUAGUCGGGUUCAAUUCUCAAGAGGGACUACCAUUUGCAGAUGCUCUGGAAAGAGUGCGGCUGUAUCUAUUAACCUACGACAUUAAUCCAGUAAGGUUAAUUCCGGUGGACAUGAACGUAAAGUCGGCGGACAAAUUAACAGUGGCUACAAAAAUAAAGGCCCAUUAUUUCGGCAUUCGACCCGUGUCUCUAAGCGACAAGAAUUUAGUACAGUAUGUUACGGACGAUCAGUUUGCAAGGCCCAUAAAUGAAGCAGUAAGACUAAUGUCGAAUUAUGCCAAAGUGUACUACUAUAGAUUUUCAUACAUCGGAAGGUUAGGUCUUGCUGUUGGAGAUUCCGCGAGAACUUCACAGGGUGUGGGUCACGGCGAAGAGUUGCAUUACCUGUGGCGGGGGUCGAGUAAUUUGCAAAAUCCUCCGAAAGCUGACCUGUUAAUACGUCAGAGACUGAUCAAAUUGUGGACGAACUUCGCAAAAACAUUGAAUCCAACCCCCACAGAGGACCACGUGUUGCAAAACGUAACUUGGACCCCGGCAACACCACAGACGCAAUACUAUCUCGAUAUAGGACAAAACUUGACUAUUGAAACUAAUUUGAGCAUGUACAGCAUAGACUGGUGGCGGGAAUUGUACAACGAGUAUGGGAAUCCUCCUUAUGAUACUUAUUAAUAUCCGUUAUGUAAGCAAUUUAAAACCAAAUGAAUAAAAUGACAGUAUAACAGC